GUAAGCCCUCCCCCACAUCCUCCGGCGUACAGUCAGAUAUGUUGCUCCCGCAGGAGCGACUCUUUAAUUAAGCGUGCAGCGGGGAGAUUUGUUGCCUCCCAGCCCAGCCCCGCUCCCUUUGCUCUCCUUUGAAGGAAACUUGUACGGGAUUCGGGACGGUGUCACCGCCACGGGGCCGUGCAUGGAUUUUACCGAGAUGCACGAGGAGCUCUUAAAUCCUUUGAGAUAGACGGAGGUCUUAUUUCCUGGUUUUCACGUUUCAUUGAAGCUCUUGUUUGCUAAGCUCGGAGGACACUGAAUGAACAGCUGGAUUUAAGGCGUUUGUGGAGUAUGGGUACAACUGCCAGUACAGCGCAGCAGGUGGCCACAACAUCGCCCCCUAAUGACAAUGUCCAGGGAAAUGGAGGCGGAAGUUCCAGCACAGAAGACAGAAAUUCCCUGAGCAUCCAUUCAUUUCAGACUGUGAGCAUCCACAACAAGGCCAAAUCUAUCAUCACCAACAAAGUGGCACCAGUAGUAAUCACGUAUAAUUGUAAAGAAGAGUUUCAGAUUCAUGAUGAUUUGCUCAAAGCCAAUUAUACUGUUGGAAGGAUAUCUGAGACAAUGCCAGAACACUAUCUUGUACAGGGUAAAUAUUUCAUGGUCCGAGAUGUAUACAGCAAGUUAGAUGUGUUAAACACUACAAGCAGUUGUGGAGCGCCAAACUUUCGCCAGGCGAAGGGUGGAUAUGAAGUGUAUGGAAUGGGCCAACCCAGCCUAAAUGGAUUCAAACAAGUACUGCAAAAGCUUCAGAAUGAUGGGCACAAGGAAUGUAUAUUCUUUUGUGUACGUGAAGAACCUGUACUUUUCCUGAGACUAGAAAACGACUUUGUGCCUUACACUCCCAGAAGGAAAGAAAACCUGCAUGAAAACUUGCAUAGUUUGGGAAAAGGACUAAGAGUAGAGAACCUAGAACUUUCCAUUAGAAAAGAGCUUUACGACUUUGCUCAGCUCAGUGAGAACAGCUAUUUUGUUUAUAACGACAUAGAACUGUUUAAAGAUGAGCCUCACUCCAUGAAAAUACAAUGUGAAGAUGAUAUUCAUGUAACUGAAGAAGUGUACAACAGACCUGUCUUUUUACUGCCUUCAUACAGGUACCAUCGUUUGCCCCUUCCUAUGGAUGGUGCCCCACUGGAAGCACAGUUUGAUGCCUUUGUACAUUUUCUCAGGGAAAACCCAUGCCUCUUGUCACUGCAUGAUGCCAGCCAACCACCACCUGCCUUACUUUUUAGCUGCCAGACAGGUGUUGGCAGAACAAACUUAGCCAUGAUUCUUGGAACACUGGUGCUCUAUCACCGCAAAGGAGCUCCAGAAAAGUCCGAAGACACAGCCCAGGACACAAGUGGUUUACCAAAGGAACGUUUUCAGGUCAUACAGAAUUUUAUUAACAUGGUGCCAAAUGGUGAAAAAAUUGUUGAUGAGGUUGACAGUGUGAUUACGUUAUGCUCUGAAAUGCACAAUAUAAAAGCAGCAAUAUGUGAGUUUAAAAAGAAGCUGGAAGGUAUUGGCGAAGACUACCAAAUUCAGGGAAGUAGUACCAAAGAAUAUUUUCUGCGUGGAACUCUUAAUAGCCUGGACCGUUACUUUUAUCUUGUUGCUUUCAACUACUACCUUCACGAGCAGUAUCCUUUGGCCUUUGCGCUGAAUUUUAGUCGAUGGAUGUGUAUGCACCCAUGGAUUUACAGACUGCAAGCGAAUAUGAAUCUCUCAGAGCUUACUUUAUCUGGGGAACUUGUAACAAAAGGAACACGGGUAUUGGUGCUAGAUGAACGCUUCUCUCCAGAUGUGCUGAGCACUAUGAAAGAAAUGAGCGUUGCCAACUUUCGAAGGGUGCCUAAGAUGUCAAUUUAUGGAACUGCCCAACCAAACUCCAAGGCUACAGGUUGUGUCCUUAAUUACUUGACUGAUGCCAAGCGAAAAUAUUCCAACAUUCUAUGGGUGAACCUUCGAGAGGAUAUUGUGUUGGAGGGCAACGAGCAGAUCUACACCCUUAGGGAACCAGAACAUUUGGAGCAACCUAUUGCAGUACCUGUAACAUCCCCAGAACAACUGGAGAAGUUAGAGGCGACUGUGGCAAAUCAUGUCCUUACCUCUCAGAAGUGGUUGGAUGUUUACCUCGAACAGGACAAACAGAUGAAAAUGUUUAAGACGUGCCAGACAGUGCAGGAGGUUUUUAACCAACAGAAGAGUACGUGCCCAGGGCUGGUGUACAGAAGGAUUCCAAUUCCAGAUUUCUGUGCCCCUAGGGAGCAGGAUUUUGACAGGAUUCUCCAGUCUAUGAAGAGCAUCCUUGCAGAGGACUCCAAAGCUGCUUUUGUAUUUAACUGUCACGGAGGCAAAGGGAGGACAACGACUGCAAUGGUUAUUGCCUUACUCACCCUCUGGCAUUUCAAUAGCAUUCCUGAAAUGACUGAGGAUGAAAUUGUAAGUGUGCCAGAUGCCAAGUAUACCAAAGGAGAGUUUGAGGUUGUGAUGAAGGUUGUUCAGCUUCUGCCGGAUGGGCACAGAAUGAAGAAGGAAGUGGACAUGGCACUCGACAGCGUUAGCGAGACAAUGACUCCCAUGCAUUAUCACCUUCGAGAAAUCAUCAUAUGCACUUAUAGACAGAUUAAGACAGCCAAAAAUGUCAAAGAAAUGCAAAUGCUCCAACUAAGAAGCCUUCAGUACUUGGAGCGAUACAUCUACCUAAUCCUUUUUAAUGCCUACCUGCAUUUGGAGAAGAAGGAGACUUGGCAAAGACCUUUCAGCACUUGGAUGUAUGAAGUGGCAUCCAAAGCCGGAGUUUAUGACCUACUAAAUCAGCUUGGAUUUAGCGAAUUUGAGAACCCUGAAGACCAGCCUUUGUGCCGACUGCGUUAUCGCUGGCAACAGCAAAACGCUAACACUCUGCCAUUCCGUGGAGAGUUUAUUUAGAACACAAAUGACCGAUGGACCAAUAAGAUGACCAGUUUACUUAACAGAGAGCCAUUUUGGAGCUUGAGAAGACUGCCUUAAGGAUUCAGGACGGAAACAAAAACCUACCACCCAGAAGAUGCCUAGCGGAAUUAUUAUAAUCACUAUAAAUAUGCAUGAAAAGUACUCGUUACUUGGUUGGAGUAGGCAGUUAAGCAUUGUAUAGUUUCUAACAGGGUUAUAUCGUCAUUUUCCAUUCCACCAAAUCUGAUGUCACAAUUGAGCUACAUACCCUCUAUUUUACAACGUUAAAACUGUGUACUGUAGGGUUAAAUAAUGCAAUUAUAUUCAUCAUAGUCAUUGCUACGAUUGGGUUAUUAUAUCAAUCUUUUAUUUAGUUUAUCCCUUAAUGACACGUUUACCUUUGUAAAAGAGUGUAUAUUUAAUAUUUUUACUUAUCUUGGUUGAACAUGUUUAGAAAGGGUAGGCCAAAAAUUCUGAAAGGCAGUAAGGCGGCUAGGAUUUGUUAUAUUACCUAGUCUGCUUUGUAUUGUAGUGUGAUUUGCAAAUGUGUGAAAGUAAUUCUUAUUUCAUGAAGCAGGAAUAGCCUGACUCUUUAAUAUGUUUGGAAACUUUGCUCAUGAGGAAAAAAACAUAAA